AUGAAGACGGUACUCUCCAUCCAGUCCCACGUCGCCCACGGCUACGUGGGCGGCAAAGCCGCCAUCUUCCCUCUCCAGGCGCAGGGUUGGGACGUCGACAACAUCAACACCGUCAACUUCUCCAACCACACGGGCUACGGCUCGGUCCGUGGCCUGGCUGCCGAUCCCGAAGAGCUCAAGCUGAUUCUCGACCAACUCGUGCUGCAACGAGAGUCUCUGCCCUCAAAGGGUCACUACGGAGCAGUCAUCACCGGCUACAUCCCCAACGCGACUCUUAUCGGCAUAGUGCACGACUACAUAGGUGAAAUGAAGGCCAAUAGUCAGCAGCACCCAUCGGGCCUCCACCACGGCUUGUCCACGCCUCUCUACCUCCUUGACCCCGUCAUGGGCGACAACAACUACCUCUACGUGGAGCAGAACUGUAUCGAGCAGAACAAACGGGUUCUUUCACGCAAAUUAGUGGAUAUAAUCACCCCCAACCAGUUUGAGCUCGAGCUCCUCGUAGGUUACAAGAUCGACACCCAGGAGCUGUUGGCCACAGCUAUCCAGACACUUCACCACGAGUACUCGGUGCCGUACGUGGUCAUCACGUCCUUGGAUGGCACCAUGCUAGGCAACUCGUCGGUGAUAGGUUGCGCAGUGUCCACAUCUGUGCCGGGAAGAAAGCUGGUUAUCCGCACAUUUGAGGUGCCUGUCAUCAAGUCGUACUUCACAGGCGUGGGCGACUUGUUUUCAGCGCUUUUGUUGGACAAGUUGGUGACGUUGCUCUCCAACAAUGCGGAAGAUGCCUUGGUACUCGCAGUAAAUCAGGUUUUGACCAUAAUGAGGAAAACCUUGCUCUUGACCCAUCGCCAAGGAUUGGAGGCCGCAGCCAAGGCCACGGGAAACAACGGACCUGUACAGGGCAAAAUCAACGACGGUGACACCAUGAAAUACUUUGAAUUGAGAGUGGUGCAGUCCAGAGACUUUUUUGCCUACGAUGGCCCUGGCGAGUACCUGCCCAAAGAAAUGGUCCACUGA